UCCGUGUUCACGUUACCUAGCAACCAAUGUUUUAGACAUGGCGGACAAGUACAACGCAGAAACUAUUAUAACAGAAACUCAGAAGAGGAUAAGUAAUGCCUUUGACGUGUUUGACCACGAAUCCAACAAGACUGUUGAUGUCCGGGAAAUAGGCACCAUCAUCCGUUCACUUGGUUGUUUCCCAUCAGAAGCUGACCUGCAUGAGAUCAUUGCUGAGCUAGAAGAAGAAGAGCCCACUGGGUUUGUACGCUAUGAGAAGUUUCUUCCAACUAUGACUAAGAUCCUGCUGGAGCGCAAGUUCCGUCCUAUCACAGAAGACCUGCUCCUUCAGGCCUUUGAGGUGUUAGAUCAACAGAAAAAAGGACACUUGGAACCAGAGGAACUGUCUAAAUAUUUAACACAAGAAGGAGAGCCCUUCACACAGGAAGAGAUGGAUGAAAUGUUGUCUGCAGCGGUUGAUCCUGAUAAAAAUGUCAUUCUCUACAAGGACUUUGUUAGCAUGAUGACUUUUGAUGACACUCGAUGAUGGCUGACAGCAUGAUGAGAUCGAACAAAUAAGUAUUUUUUAUAGCUUUAUUGUAUCAAGGUAUCAUAAACAAAAUCAUCUCAGUUACUAUAAUAAACAAUAUACUGUACAAUUUAUUUAGACUCUUUAACCAUGAUAUGUAUCAUUAAUAGUGCUCAUAUUGCCCUAAUACUCUUUGCUAAAUAAAUAGUUUGUCAAAAUUA